AUGAGUCGCUGCAGGCUGCAGAAUGAGGCGGGAAACACCCCGUCCGCCCGCUGCAAGUCUCAACCGAGCGGCGGCGUCAAGCUGCGGGAGACGACGCCGGAACUUGCUCCCGUCGGGGAGCAGCGCGGAUCAGAGCCGCUUUGGGGGGGAACCGGAGAGCUCCUCGUGCCGCCUGUCCGGAGGAGAGCGAGAAGGUGUAUCUUCCCGUCAGCUGCUCCCAGAAUGCACUUCUCCGUCGGGCCGAGCCUCGGCCUGCUGGCCUUCGUCCUCGUCUCUCUGCUUCCUCAGCCGGCGGGGGGUCAAGGUGGAGAGCAGCGGCAGGUGGAGGUGUCGAAGCAGGAGGCGAAGCUGCUCAUCGAGGACUUUGACCCCCUGAAAGAAUACAACUUCCACAUCGUGGCCGUCAGCGGAGACCAGCAGAGCAGACCGCUGACGGCCACGCAUGAAGCUCGGCAGGCCGGCCUGGAGAUGGUUCAGUCUCAGCAGAGUGAAGACGGCGGCGGCGGCGAGGACAACAACGAGAUCUCAGAAGCCGAGGACGAGUUCACCUGCAAGACCUCGUCCAUAUCGGACAUCGUGAUCCUGGUGGACGGCUCCUGGAGCAUCGGGCGCAUCAACUUCAGGCUGGUCCGGACCUUCCUGGAGAACCUGGUCCGGGCCUUCUCGGUGGAGUUCGACCAGACCAGGAUCGGUCUGGCUCAGUACAGUGGAGACCCUCGGAUCGAGUGGCACCUCAACACUCACACCACCAAAGAGUCCGUUCUGGAGGCCGUGAAGAACCUUCCAUAUAAAGGAGGGAACACGCUGACCGGUCUGGCUCUGACCUACAUCCUGGAGACCAGCUUCAAGCCCGAGUCCGGGUCCAGGCCCGGCGUUCCCAAGAUAGGAAUCCUCAUCACGGACGGGAAGUCCCAGGAUGACGUCAUCCCCCCAGCACAGAGCCUGAGGGAGGCCGGCAUCGAACUGUUCGCCAUCGGUGUGAAGAACGCCGAUGAGAGCGAGCUGAAGGCCAUCGCGUCUCCUCCGGAGGAAACCCACGUGUACAACGUGGCCGACUUCAACGUGAUGAGCGACAUCGUGGACGGCCUCGCGCAGUCGGUGUGCGAGCGCGUGGAGCAGCUCGACAAGCAGCUGCAAGGAGGAGAACCGGCCCCCCCUCCCGUCUCCGUGGCGACGCCCAGCAACCUCGUGACCUCCGACAUCACGGCGCGCAGUUUCCGCGUCACGUGGACGCACGCGGCGGGACAGGUGGAGAAAUACCGCGUGGUGUACUACCCGGCCAGCGGGGGGCAGCCGGACGAGAAGAACUACGGAGAGGCCGAGGACGACGACCCGUACCGCUACUACGAGUCCAGCUACCCGGCGCCGAGGCCCGUGGCGCCCGGCGACCCGGCGGCGUACGCGCAGGACGACCCCGCCGUCCGCCGCCGCCGGGCGAGGAGCGGCGAGGGCGAGGAGGCGGGAGAGACUCAGUGA